CGCGCUCGACAACGGCAGUCAGUGCGAUUCUGACUUUCGGCCAGCUUUCUAGUCCAUUUGCCGCUCCGGAGCUUUCUUGAACGUUCAGCUUGCCGCGAAAAUGAAGUGACGUCUUAGCCGGAAAAGCUGUCGCACUGUUCGACAAAAAGUGUGAUGUGUACCUAUUUGGUGCUACCAAUAUGAAUACGGCGAUAUUUUUUCUGCUCGCUGUCUUGCUGGUUGAUUGUGCGGAGGGUAUACGAUGGUUAUCCCUCCAACAUUCCAACAUCCACUGGAACCUCUCAUCGGCCAACAACAACCCAUCAAGAGGUAUACGGUCAGGCCUACGAUCUCCAUGUGGAGUUGCAAGGAGAAGGUACGGGUUUAUCAAGAUCCAGGCGAAAUUGUGCAGGUCCUGGAUGGAAACCAUGCCACACGUGCAGAUGGCUGCUACCAUAGCCGCAGAUACUUGCCAGAAAAUCUUUGCAGACAGACGAUGGAACUGCUCUUCGAUAACUAGAGCACCAUAUUUGAUGCCCGACUUGACCAGAGCAACGAGAGAGCAAGCCUUUGUUUACUCCCUGAGCUCAGCGAGUCUGACCUAUGCAAUGGCAAGGGCAUGUUCCAGUGGCGCCCUUUACCACUGUACAUGUGCAGUUAAACCCACAGAAACCCCCAACGAAAACUUCCAGUGGGGCGGAUGUGGGGACAACCUCAAAUGGGGCGCAUCCUUCGCCAAACGGUUUAUAGACAACGCUGAAAAAUACGUGGCUAAAAAAACUAGAGAGAAAUUGAAAAAGAGAGACAACAGUUUCGAAGGAGAAGAGCAAAGGAAAUAUUCAUUGCUGAAAACUCAGAUGGCCUUGAUAAAUCUCCACAAUAACAGGGUGGGCAGGAGGGUGAUCUCUGAGAGUAUGACGACUCAGUGUAAGUGCCAUGGUGUGUCUGGUUCUUGCAACAUAAAGACCUGCUGGAGAGCUUUGCCCUCUAUGGUGGAGAUAGGGAGGAAGCUGCUGCAGAGGUACUCAAAUGCCAAAGAAGUUGUUAAGGAUGUAUUGCCUGAUGAUGUUGAAGAAGGAUAUAAGCAUCCAGGAACCAAUCAAUUAAUUUAUCUCUCCAAAUCACCUGAUUAUUGUACUAGAGAUGACAAACUAGGAAGUUUGGGGACAGUUGGAAGGCAGUGCAAUGUAACGUCCAAAGGACCUGACAGCUGCCGUUUGUUAUGUUGCGGUAGAGGAUACAGAACUGUAGUCGAAGAGAAGAUCGAACGAUGCCAUUGUAAAUAUUACUACUGCUGCUAUGUCAAAUGUAAAGUUUGUAAGACCACCAGUUUGAGAUAUGAGUGUAGCUGAAUUAUUGGUAGUCACCA